CAGCAAGGUCGAGCCUCGGCGCUGUUGCAUGACAUUUGAACGUUACAGCAGGUAUGGGCGACCACCGCAUGUAAAAAACGUGGUUCGUUUGGUAACAUGUCAUGACAAUGUCCCGGUUUUAUAGUGUGUGUAUCAUAUUUACAUCGUACGGCGGAGCCCACGAGUUGUCGUCUCCGUUAUAUAGAGUAAGUUAAGCUUUUAGCAUUAACACACGGAGCGCUGUAAACACGGCUAGCUGACACACGCUAGCUAAUUACCUGUUAACAUGAGCUCAGGUCCGAACCACGGCACCGUUACAGAGACAGGGCUGUCCAGAAAACCCGUCUCUGCUGUCUCGCUAGCCGGACAUGUCCAGCAGGUCUUCAGCCAUGUGAAGAUAGAAAACCUUUUAGCGGGACUCAGCGGUGGAGUUGUGUCAACGCUGGUGCUUCACCCGCUGGACCUGGUCAAGAUCAGGUUUGCAGUGAGUGAUGGACUGGAGUUACGACCCAAAUAUAGUGGCAUAUUUAACUGUAUGAGGAGCGUCUGGCAGCAGGAGGGACUGAGGGGACUCUACCAAGGAGUGACACCCAAUGUUUGGGGUGCUGGCGCGUCCUGGGGCCUUUACUUCUUUUUCUACAAUGCAAUCAAAGGGUACACAAAGGAAGGUCGUCAGACUGAACUGAGCGCCACAGAACACCUGGUGUCUGCCGCCGAAGCAGGCAUCCUAACACUCACCAUAACCAAUCCAAUCUGGGUGACCAAGACCCGGCUGGUGCUGCAGUACAACGCUGACCCAACCAGUAAGCAGUACAAGGGCAUGGUGGAUGCUUUGAUCAAGAUCUACCGCCAUGAGGGACUGCCUGGUCUAUACAAGGGUUACGUUCCUGGUCUAUUUGGGACAUCACAUGGAGCACUGCAGUUCAUGGCCUACGAGGAGCUCAAGAGAGACUACAGCAAAUACAAAAAAGUGCCUUUGGAUACAAAGCUGAAUGCGCUGGAAUAUAUCGCAAUGGCAGCAUUGUCUAAAUUAUUUGCUGUGGCCACAACAUACCCUUAUCAGGUGGUAAGAGCUCGACUGCAAGACCAGCACAAUAAAUACAAUGGAGUCACGGAUGUCAUCAGACGGACGUGGAGGAACGAAGGCACCAUUGGCUUCUACAAAGGCAUCAUCCCAAACUUGAUACGUGUCACUCCUGCCUGCUGCAUCACUUUUGUGGUUUAUGAGAAUGUGUCGCGCUUCCUUCUGGGACAAAACAAAUGAGGCUUGAAGGCAUGGCAUGGACAAAGAGUGUGAGCUCACACUGACAGCGGUGCCACACGGAGAUACAGAAGGAGCAGACGCCCAACUCUGUGUUCAGUACAUGUAAAUGUGCCGAAGUGAGAAUCAUUCACUGAGAGCAAAUGAAAAAGUUGUCAAAUGGAGCAACACAGUCACCAGUGGACUAUUUUUUUUCUUCUUGUUUCAAUUCAAAUUCUGGCUUGUCAGUGAAAUAUAAUGAAGCUGUCACAUUUCUGAUUCAGACGCACAAUUAACUCCUGGGAAAGAAGUAUGUCGCUGUUCUCCCCACUGGAAAUAAUACUGCUGUGAUGAUAGGUUUUUAAAAAAAAAAAACCUGAUGUGUUCUGUAAGUCAGUGUUUUGGGCUCAUUGUGGAGGCAGUUGAUGAAUCCAGUAUUUCAUCAUUCAGUAGUUAUGUUUACAUGUAAUGCUUUCUGGCAGCAGAAAGGAAAAACUGUCCGAACUAUGAAAAGCUUAAUUAUAACCAAGAAAUCCACGAUCUUCUCAGGUUUCUAGUGGCAUGUUUGCAUCAUUGUAGUUUGUCUCUUAAAUUAUUUCUUUGAGAACAGCAGCAAUGAGAACGGCUUUUAGUGCAAACACAUCUCUCUAAAUUCAUACUUUGCAUUAUUUUGUUUUCUUGACACAAAUUGUGACCGCAGAGCUUUGUAACAUUUUGUUAUAAAAUACACACUGUGUCCUAUCUGCAAUGUCUCAUGUGUGAUAUACUGUAUGUAAGUACAUUAAACAUGUCACUUAA